AUGGACUUUUCACACAUGCAAACGCCACCUCCAACGAGGGACGCUUCGUCUAGGAGGAGCGUACAACAAAGUGGCGGAACUGAGGUAGCCACUCCAGCUACUGUGGUGCAUAGAACGCCCAGCCAAUUGCCGGAAUCAUCAGGCGGACUUUUCAACCAGACUCCGUAUGGUUUCGCCGACUUGCAGUACACUCCGCACAUGAUGCAGUUUCCCAGCCAUGGGCCAAUGUCUGCGCCGCCUAUGCCUCAAUCAAAGCUGUUCUGGGAUCCAGCUAACGAUGGCAUGCAAAUGGAUCUAGAUGUACCGCUAGGCGUUGAUCCCUUUGGUCCUACCCCACAUAGGCCACAGCACGAUAUGAACUGGCAGGCGAUGAAUCAAGCUAACAUGAUGCAAACGCCGGCAUUCCAAAGCUUUCAAGCGUCUCCCAUGCCAGCGUCUUUUGCAAACACACCGUCACAGAGACAAGGUUCAAGACCUGGCUCGUUCGUGUAUACGUCUGCUGGUGUUGACCCCAACAUGCUGCUCAGCUUCUCGAAUCCCGACAUGACUUCUUCUUUUGGGAACAUGCCAGAUCAUCCCUUUCUGGACAUGUCACGGCAACCGUACGAGACACAAUUGCGCGAUGCACAAAACGAGAGGGAGAUGGCGAAGAAGUCAAGGAGCCAGCAUUCGCGCAGCAACACAGCUUCUUCAACCGGAUCGGCAGAGAACGCCAAACCUGUACUGCAGCGAAGCAAUACAGACGGUGGAAUAAUGGCAACCAAAUCACUUGCGAUGGAUCCUCGGACAUCAAUUCCAGCCAAUGCAUCAACGAUACCCCGUCGUUCAUCACCGCUGAAGCGUCAAGGCGGCGGAGCGCUCAAAUCGAUACCGGAGCUGAGAAGACCUCGGACAAGACUCAUCAUCGACGAGACAGGUCGAGCUCGGACAGAGACUGUGCAUGCUGGAGAUGACGAAGAGACUCCCAAGAAUAAGCGGCAGACAUCUCAGCAAGAUCUUAGACGCCAAUAUCCUGGGCUUUAUGAGGAUGAUGAAAGCGAAUCUGAAGACGACGAGCCGGCUCCGGUCAUCAGUCGGAACUCUUCUUUCGCCAUACCACAACCUGAACGCCGAGCUGCGAAACACGCUCGUGCAGAUAGCGGCGGACUCGAAAGACCCGCUUCCUUCAAGAUGGCACGAUCCGUCUCUGCCUCAAGGGUUGCACCUGACGCUCUCUCCAAGGCCUCAUUUGAGCCUCUUAGAUCCACGCGGAGGUCCGCCACCGACAAUAACACCACCCGUCGAUUCAGCGCAAUGGAACGUCCUAUGUCUUCCGCUCACCCCGAGGACCACCACAUGCCCGACUCCCCCGGCGACGCCCUAGGUGCCCUGAAAAAGGUCGUAGGCGCUCGCCAACAACGCAUUGAACGUGCGUCUCAAAAUACACUUCUUGCUCACAACCAGCGUUGGGCUCAAGCCUCAGCCGAUAUAUCCAACCUGUCAACUACAAAUCUACCUCAUAAUCACAACUACGACCCUUACUCUAACUCCUUCAACCACUCCCCAUCUACCACCAACACGCCAUCAACCGAGUGUAGUGCUCGGUCAAACGAUAGCACACGUUGUGUUUGUGAGGGUAUGGUGGAAGAUGAGGGAAUGCCGAUGGUGCAGUGUGAGGCUUGCAACAAGUGGUUGCAUCUUGGUUGUGUAGGAAUGAGGGAGGAGUGGUUACCCAAGGUUUUUGUGUGUGUAUUCUGCACAGGGACAGAUGGGUUGGGCAGGGUAAUGAGACGAGGAGGAGCUGGAGAUUCGCCGUUAAAGAACAAGAGGGGUUUUAGGUGA